AUGACAGUGUGUAAUAUCUCCUAAUGACAGUGUGUAAUAUCUCCUAAUGACAGUGUGUAAUAUCUCCUAAUGACAGUGUGUAAUAUCUCCUAAUGACAGUGUGUAAUAUCUCCUAAUGACAGUGUGUAAUAUCUCCUAAUGGCAAUGUGUAAUAUCUCCUAAUGACAGCGUGUAAUAUCUCCCAAUGACAGUGUGUAAUAUCUCCUAAUGACAGUGUGUGCUAUCUCCUAAUGACAGUGUGUAAUAUCUCCUAAUGACAGUGUGUAAUAUCUCCUAAUGACAGUGUGUAAUAUCUCCCAAUGACAGUGUGUAAUAUCCCCUAAUGACAGUGUGUAAUAUCUCCUAAUGACAGCGUGUAAUAUCUCCUAAUGACAGUGUGUAAUAUCUCCUAAUGACAGUGUGUAAUAUCUCCUAAUGACAGUGUGUAAUAUCUCCUAAUGACAGUGUGUAUUAUAUCCUAAUGACAGUGUGUAAUAUCUCCUAAUGACAGCGUGUAAUAUCUCCUAAUGACAGUGUGUAAUAUCUCCUAAUGACAGUGUGUAAUAUCUCCUAAUGACAGUGUGUAAUAUCUCCUAAUGACAGCGUGUAUUAUCUCCUAAUAACAGCGUGUAAUAUCUCCUAAGUCUGUGACAGUGUGGCAUGUGAUGUGUGUUUGUGUGUACCCAUGCCUGCAUGUGUGGGCAUGUCUGUAUGUGCUUGCGUGUGUGUGUCUGUGUGUCUGCUCCCUGCAGGUGUUUGACGGGGCAGUCAUCGUGUUGUCCCUGGCCCCUAUGGUAGCCUCCACGGUAGCCAACGGCCCCAGCAGUCCCUGGGACGCCAUCAGCCUCAUCAUCACCCUGCGCAUCUGGAGAGUCAAGAGAAUCAUCGACGCCUAUGUGUUGCAGGUGAAGGUGGAGAUGGAGCUGGAGAUCCUGCAGUGUGAGAAGAUCAAGGCUGUCAGGGAGGAGCAGCUGGAACGACUCACACAGAUCUGCCAGGAGCAGGCAUUUGAGAUCAGACAGCUCCGGGCCCACCUGGCCCAGCAGGACUUGGACCUGGCUGCAGAGCAGGAGGCUGCUAUGCAGAUCCACCAUGUGUGGAGCAAACAGAGGAGCAGCUACCAGGUGGUGGAGAGCCAGGGCCCUGGGGAGUCUGACGAUGAGGGACAUGGAGUCCUCAGGGAGACCUCAGCAGAUCCUGUUGUCCAUCAUGACGACAUGAACAACUAUAUCAGCCAGUACUACAGUGAACAGAGUACUGACAUGGGGGGUCCUCGUGUCAUCACCACCUCAGCCAUCGAUGUCCACCUCCCUACGACCCAUUACCCCGCCCACAACAAUCCUCUGCUGGGCGUGGAGCAAAUGAGCAGCGCUGUGAGUGACACGUCCACCAGCGUAUCACGGUCCAGCAGCAGUCUGACGGCCCGCCCCCAUAGCCUGAGCAGCCACACCCUGCGCUCGUCUACUACGGACUGCAGCAGCAACGCCACGGCCAGGGACUACCACACCCAGGCUAGGAACUACAAUUCCCAUACCAAGGCCCGGGGGCCUUAUCUGGACUACAAGUCCCAGAAGCAGACCCAGGACAGGGACUUUAACACUGAGCACUCCAACACCCAGGGCCAGCACUGCUUCCCCCUGCCCUACUGCAGCCCUCUGGGCCUGGGUCUGACCUCAGCCCAGCCUCCCCUUCCACAGGACCCCAGCGUGGUAGUCCAGGAGCUGCUCUCCUCCCUGUCUGAGGACUCCUGUCUGGCCCAGAAAGGCCUGGUGGACCCAGUUAACCUGAAGCUUCCCAGUCCUGCCGGCUCAGCCAAGGCCAGCCCAAAGCUGGAGCACAGUAUCAACAUCUACAACUGGAAGAAUCACGAGGAGAACCAGUACCAGAGCCGGGGCCAGAGACAGGGCCGAGCCGCAGCCACUGUGCUCCUACAGACUAAGCCUCUCAUCCACCUGCAGGGCGGCACUCCUGAGUCCUCUUUGGAGGAGAAGUAUAGGCUACUGGGCCCUGCUGAUGGUCCACUGGGCCGUCUGCCUGAUACAUAGGGUUGAUUCAGACUACUGAGCUGAGCCAAGCCGAACCGAGCUGCAUUAUGCUGGCCUGGUUAUGCAUCCACCAUAGUUGUUUGAACAUUGCUGGAAAGGACAUGUGAAAAGAAUAUGUCAGAGCCAGCACUGGUUGGCUCGGGUCGGCACAACAGUGUGAAAAGGGCAAUAGUUCAUCCCAGAGGACAGAGCAUACAGCUCAAGACAGAACUGACUGACCUGGCUUCUCCAAAUCCCCAUGCUUCAAACAAAGUCAGAGCCUGGUCCAAGAUCAAACCUGGCGUUACAAAGACCAUCCGUUAGCAAGACAGCACAAACAGAUCUGGGGCUAGGCUACCGCUCUCAUGUUAGUCUUCCCUUCUCUGUGGGGCUCCGGACAGAGACAGACAGAUCUGGGGCUAGACUACCGCUCUCAUGUUAGUCUUCCCUUCUCUGUGGGGCUCCGGACAGAGACAGACAGAUCUGGGGCU